CGUGUGUUUCGGGGGAGGGGGGCGCUUUAUGAAGCGGGUCUUGUUACAUUUAAAGUCUAUGUCGGAGAAAUUAUGAUAUGCAUUGUGGAAAAUAAAGCGAAAAAAAAAAGAGAGAGAGAGAGAAAGAGAGAGAGAGAGAGAGAGAGAGAAGGAAAUGGAACGGAAACGAGCUGUUUCAUUUCACUGUAACAGAUAGGCCUACAGUAAUUCACGGGCUAAAAAAAAGUCAUUAGGUGCAACCUGAUUAAAACUCUGACAUGUCAAUCCCAGGCAACACUAGUUUGAAAAGUCAGAGUAGUAACCAAAGUGUCAAAUCUGACUUCUCUGAUCUUAAUCUGGGUUUCAAAGUGAUUACUGGGUUCCUUAGAUGCCAGUGCAAAGGAAACCUACUAUCUGAAAUUCAAAGCAAAAGGACAGAUCUUAUAACCUUCUGGCUUGUAUGGUUUUCACUAUUCUACACUACUUUCAUUAUAUAUUUUUGUUUGGCUGUCAGGCAAGAUUGCUAUUCAAUUGUCAAGUUACUAGAGAAUAAUGGGGCUCUUUUUAAUGACUGGUUUCCUAUUAUAAUAGUAAUGGCAACAGUUUCUUUGAUUUAUGAAUUAAUUUUGAUGGUUUUCUGUAUUAUUUGCUUGGCUUCAGGUGGUCAAGUAAUUGUUUCCAUAUUUCAUUGGGCUCUUCUCUCUGGCAUACUUGUUCUUUGUUUCAUACUCACCUUUCUUGUCUCCAAGUAUGUGCCUCAUUUAUGGACAGUUGCGUUUCUAUCAUUAAAGAUUUUUGUGCCAUUUAUUCAUGUACUGAGUUUGAUAAUAUCCACAAAUUUCUCCUGGAUAUUUUACAGACACUGGUUUAAGAUUUCACAAAAAGUGGAAAGAAUUGUGUGGAUGACAAUAUGGCUGUUUACACUAUCUAUUUUCUAUAUGACACCCCUGAUUUUUAAUUCACCUUUUAUGAAAGCCAAUCUCGCUCCUAAGCCUGGCAUCAUUGCACUUGGUGGGGCCAGUAAUGUUGCACCAGAGAACACAUUAAUUGCUUUUGAAAAGGCUCUUCACUUAGGUGCUGCAGGUUUAUAUAUAACUCUUCAUUUUAGUAAAGAUCAAGUACCCAUGAUUAUAAGUGAUUCUACAGUUGAUCGGACUACAAACUUUAGAGAUCAAAAAUUGUUGGUUAAUAGCCAAAUUAAAAACCUGAGUGUGAAAGACAUUAAAUCCCUCAGUGCUGGUUCAUGGUUUUUAAAAAAAGAUCCAUGCAAUACUGUUAAAAACUUGUCUUCCGAAGAAAGAAAGGUUAUUAAAAAGGCAGGAAUUCCAACCUGGGAAGAAUUUUUGACCUUUAUUGACGAUUAUCCGAACACCAAAAUUUUUGUCAAAUUCAAUACUCGGGAUCCAUAUAAUAUUAUAACCCAGCAGCUGGCAGAACACUCAGAACUUACAAUUUCAAAUGAAAAUCAAACCUCAGUACUUCAAACUAUAAUGGUACACCCACAAUAUGCUCAUUCUUUCAUUGAAGACAAUCGGAGACCAGCAAAUCUCAGCAGCCUAGAGCAAUUAAGUGCCGCUUUUUUACCAUUGGAUGCAUUUGUUGAUUUGACUAUACAAGACUAUCGGGUGUUAAAUGUAACGACAGUGAUGCAGGAUGUCAACACAAAAUGGCUGUUUUCACUGGCAUGGGCAGCUGGUGCUAGUUACGUGACCACUUACAAUGUUGAAUUACUGAAAAGUAUAUCCAUCCCAUUAUUUUAUUUGGACAAAGAAAUAUAUCUAACGAUUUGGGUCUCAGUGGAUGUGAUUUCAAUUGUUGCCACCACUAUUAGUUUCCUUACACAGAAGCCUAGUUCCUGAAUGUUACUUGAUAGGAGAUCCAAUUUGGGUUUCGAUCCAACGACGACUAGCACCAAAACAAUGCAGUGUGUCUCUUGCAGGCACUUGACAUGCAAAUCAUGUAGACGUUGUUGUUUUUCUACACAAUACUUGUCAAUGUAACGACAUAUUUAAAGAGACAAAGACGAUGUUAUGUGUGUGGUAGGCCUAAAGAACUAAGUUACAAGUAUUAAAAUCAAAUGUUUUUCUGUAGUUAGAAGAUUGGGUUUUUAUUAUUAUU